AUGGAGCUGCGUUCGGAGCUGCCCAGCGUCCCCGCCGCGCCCCCCCCGGUGCCCCCCAGUUCAGUGGCGGCGGCGGCGGCCGCGGCAGCGGCGACCCUGCCGGUGAGCGUGGCCGGGAGCCUGCUGCGGGCCCCGCCGCUGCUGCUGCGGGCGGCCGAGAAGUAUCCGCGGACGCCGAAGUGCGCGCGGUGCCGCAACCACGGAGUGGUGUCGGCGCUGAAGGGCCACAAGCGGUACUGCCGCUGGAAGGACUGCAUGUGCGCCAAGUGCACGCUGAUCGCCGAGCGGCAGCGCGUCAUGGCCGCCCAGGUGGCGCUGCGCCGGCAGCAGGCGCAGGAGGAGAACGAGGCCCGCGAGCUGCAGCUGCUCUACGGCACCGCCGAGGGCUUGGCCCUGGCCGCCGCCAACGGCAUCAUCCCUCCCCGGCCCGCCUACGAGGUCUUCGGCUCCGUCUGCGCCGGGGCCGGCGGCGAGGGAGGCGCCGGCGCCUCAGGUGAGGCCGCGCCGCGGGGGGACGGGGCCGCGGGCCGGGGGGCUGCGGAGCCCAAGGUGCAGAAGUUCGAGCUGUUCCCCAAGACGCUGCUGCCCGGCCGCGCCGCAACCCCGCAGCAGGCGGGCGGGAAGCCGCCGUCCCCCGACGGGGAGUCCGCGCCCGGCACUUCUUCCCCGGACGGCCGCCACGGCUCGGGCUCGGAGAACGGCGACGGAGAGUCCUUCCUCAGCUCGCCCGUCUCCAAAGGGCCGAAGGAGGGCGAGGAGAGCCCGGGCUCCAUCAGCCCGCUGGGCUCGGACUCGGGCUCGGAGGCAGACAAGGACGAGCGGGACCCGUCGCCCUCGGCCGGCGGCCGGCAGCGGACUCCCAUCGACAUCCUGACGCGCGUCUUCCCGGCGCACAGGCGCGGCGUUCUGGAGCUGGUGCUGCAGGGCUGCGGCGGGGACGUGGUGCAGGCCAUCGAGCAGAUCCUCAACAACCGCGGCCCAGAGAAGGGCCCCGAGGAGAGCUGGGCUCGGGACGGCGCUCUGCAGGGUCUCCCGCCCGCUCCCACUGCCCACCACCGCCCGCUGAUCGCCGGCGCCAUGGCCCCCGCCAUCGGCGCGCUGGGCAGCCGCUCCGCCUUCUCCCCGCUGCAGCCCAACGCCACGCACUUCGGGGCCGAAGCCGGCGCCUAUCCGCUGGGCGCGCCGCUGGGACUCAACCCGCUGCGCCUCGCCUACUCGGCGCACGGCCGCGGCCUCGCUUUCAUGGCCCCGUACUCCACCGCCGGCCUCGUGCCCGCGCUCGGCUUCCGCCCGCCCGUGGACUACGCCUUCAGCGACCUCAUGCGGGAGCGCUCCGCCGUGCACAAGGAGCAGGUGUACUCCGGAGGGCUCUACGGGCCCAUGGUCAACAACAACCCCGAGAAGCAAUAG